GUUACGACUUUGAGAACUAAACCGAACAGAUUUGACCAAUCAGAGAACUCGUUUGCAUGAGCGGCCAGAGCGGUAUGCCGCGUCACCGCUAUCUUGUCAGAGUUCGCGUCGAAGCGGCAUCAGGAAGUUAAGUUCUGGCUGCAUCAACGCUGUACCAGCCAUGGAGCGGGGAUAGGGACCGGGUACCUUCGAGAAACCGAAUAAGCUUCCACCAAGCUAUCGUUUCGGGGGGAAUCUGGGCCACCCCAUUCGGCCAAUCCCUCCCCCAAACCCCCUCCCCCAAACUACCCGUCUUCCCAGUCGGGUGAUAACCAAGGCGACAACCCCAUGACCCCGCUGCGCCUGGCCGUGCGAGGCCUCCCCGCCCUGGCCGCCAUGACGACCGGUGCCGUGUCGUCAGACCCCCGCUUCCGUCUCAGGUGGCGGGCCAUCGCCGCGGCGACGCUCCUCGCCCUCACCGUCCUCCUCUACCUCCACCACUCCGCCCCGGGGCCCGGAGACGGCGUAGCCGCCGACGACCACCUCCGGCACCACAACGGGCAACAACGCAGCCGUCGGACGGUCGACGGCGCCGGUAACCAUGACGUCGUCAGCCCGCGAGCGGCGGAAGGAAACCGUAAACGUUACAACGCCACGUACCCUCUGAGUGCGCCGGAGCGCACAGCGCUCGGGAUCCGCUACCGUAUCGCCGUGAUCGCCGACCUGGACACGGAGUCUCGCAGCGACAAGGAGCACACCUGGUUCAGCUACCUGAAGAGAGGUCACGUGACCGUGGCGGAGGAAGGGGAUUGGCUGGAGGUGGAGUGGGACGCCGACACGGUCACGCUGGAGAGCCACCUGGCGGAGAAGGGACGAGGUAUGGAGCUGUCUGAGCUAGUGGUGUUUAACGGUCACCUGUACAGUGUGGACGACCGCACCGGUGUGGUGUACCGGAUCGAGGGCAACCGGGCCGUGCCCUGGGUCAUCCUGCCCGACGGAGACGGGAGCGUCGCUAAGGGGUUCAAGGCGGAGUGGCUGGCAGUGAGGGAGGAGCAGCUGUACGUGGGCGGUCUGGGGAAGGAGUGGACCACCACCACCGGAGAGGUCGUCAACGACAACCCCGAGUGGGUGAAGGUGGUGGGUUACCGCGGCGACGUGGAGCACGAGAACUGGGUGGCUCGCUACGACGCUCUGCGGACGGCGGCGGGAAUCCGACCCCCAGGUUACCUCAUCCACGAGUCGGCGGUGUGGAGCGACCUGCAGCGCCGCUGGUUCUUCCUGCCGCGCCGCGCCUCCUCGGAGCGCUACGACGAGACGGCCGACGAGCGCCGCGCCACCAACCUCCUCCUCUCCUGCCCCGCCGACUUUGACCCCGUGACGGCGGCCCGGGCGGGGCCCCUCAACCCCACCCACGGUUUCUCCUCCUUCAAGUUCGUCCCGGGGACCGGCGACCGGGUGGUGCUGGCGCUGAAGUCGGAGGAGGACGCGGGGAAGAUCGCCACGUACAUCCUGGCCUUCACGCUGGACGGCCUAGAGCUGCUGGCUGAGACAAAGAUAGGAGACGUGAAGUACGAGGGGCUGGAGUUCAUCUAGGGGAGAGGAGAGAGGGAG